GAAACAGCAUAAGAGAGAAAUGAGCUUUGUCCCAUCCCUGAAAUGUUUCCUUGCCCCGUGCCUCCCGCCUGUUCGGCCUUUCCCUCCCCUCGGCCCCCCUACGAUUGGCAGAAUGGCAGAGCCAACAACGCCUGGCGCAGCUGUCACACACCCUUUUGCCUCCCGAAAUCUCGCACACCGCCCGACCCAGUCGCCAGGGCACGCCUGCUUCCUACUGGCCAAAGCCCACCACGGAAGACGGAAGGACCCACGAGCUGCAUGGUUCGAUGUUCAGAUGCAGCUUCCCAUUGGCUCAUGGCACAAGAAUGGGCAAAUCCCAACUCGCGUCCCCACGCUGUCGCUCAGAAAGGGUGAGAGAUGCACAGGGGCGUUUUCAAAAGGUACCUAGCACAAUUCCAGAAUUAACCUAAUAUUAAGUCACCUCGAGUAGGUAAGGUAAGUAUUUUUUUUAUUUU